AUGGAUCUCCUAGAUCGUCUCAAUCAUCUCACCAGAGCUUCAGUUGAGGCAAUCCGGCCUCUUCCACCUCAGGGCUCACCUAUCGCCAACGAUCGAUAUGUAAUCAAACGUACGGCGGAAGACUGCGUCCACGCGUUUGAUAAUCAGCUUCGUACCAAAAUAUGGUUCAAAUCACCCCCCCUCCAAUCCCACGUGAUCCGUAGGAUUCGUGGCCUCAAACUCUUCGCCGAGUCGCACGACCAAGGCUACUUCGACGACAAAAAGGGGGGCAACUGGACCUGGCUUGAGUUGGCCAUCCUCGAGGACGAACGCGCCACAUCCCCCAAAACAAAUGAGGAUGGCAAGGAGCUUGUUUGGCUUAGCCACCCGAACAAAGUUGGGUCUUCUUGCUACGAGUGGCUACAGGGCGAGACUUUUGAUAAGAGGCGUGACUUCCUUAGCUCGCUCAAGGGGGGGAAUGUGAUCGCGGUCCGACUCUGUGCUCGCUUUCAAAAUUGGGGGAUCUAUGUGAGAAACGGAUACCUGGUCAUCGACAUCGGUAGUGAUGACGACCCUGUGCCAAUCAGGCCCAUACCGCUACAUGAGAACACCAAGGCAUUGGCUCGUCGAAGCGUCACGAAGUGGUUCCAGGAAGCACAGAACCCUGACAACGACACGGCAUUGGAGCUAUCACUAUUCAUCAAUGCCAUGGCGAAGUUUCAGAGUCUGCCACCGAACGACCAACUCUCAUACUACCGCAUCGCCGGCAUCCACAGCUCCCCUCGGAACGUGCCUUGGAAUAUGGGCAACGGACCGAUCCCCUACAAUGACCCCAACCUGGAUGAACGCAUUGAGAGGGGCGAAGGUGGUGCCUACUGUAUGCACAACAAAGUGCUGUUUCCCACGUGGCAUCGCGCUUACAUGAUGCUAUUCGAGCGGACGAUUAGCGACCUGAUGAUGGAAGAGGCGAAAUCGCGUCGUCACAAACAAUGGAUUUUGGCUGCAACUCGCUGGCGGCUGCCAUACUGGGACUGGGCAGCCGAACCAUGUUUACCCGAACUGGUGCUCAUGGAACAGAUUAGCAUCGUCGACGCGUGGGAUCCGGUGACCCGACACGCCCACAUGAGGGUGAUACCGAAUCCUAUGUACCGCUUCCAGAUGCCUGGUGGUCGCCCCAUGGGCGAUCCAUCGUAUGGUGACUAUCGCAUCGACAAUGCUGGAGAAGGUCCUUGGGAUGCGUGUAUUGGCACCAGCCGCCAUGCCAUCAGCUUAUAUGACGAGCAGCGCCUCUGGGUUCAGGGGCAUACUGAUGUCACGAAAACCAAUGCCGCGCUGCAGCGUCCCAGCUGGCCCAGCGAGCUAGCUGCCAGGGAUCUGACCCUUAAAGACGCCGUCUUCCGACUGCUCACGGCCAACUACUGCACAAAGUACGACCAUUUCGCCUCUACCAAGCAUGCAGAUUCGCCAGACCACGCUCAGUGUUACCUCUCCCUGGAGGGGAUCCAUAAUUCUGUCCACAAUUGCAUUGGCGGCAACAAUUUCUUAUCCGGCUUAGGUCACAUGGCUUACGUGUCCGUAGCCGCAUUCGACCCUGUUUUCUGGCUGCAUCACUGCAACGUUGACCGGCUUCUAUACUUGUGGCAAUGCUCGAAUCCUGAUAAAUGGAUUACUCAAAUAGGUGGAGAUGAUGGCGCGGAGACGGAUCUCGUUCCCUUCCACCGUUCUGGCCGUCGUAAUGACUUCUUCAACUCCGACGGCCUCCGCCGGCCAGACAGCCUGCAUUACACCUUUGACGACAUGGAGAGCAUCGUUGACUCCGAUGGGGAAAUCUGCAAGGAAUACCUCAACAAACACAUCAACACGCUGUAUGGCCCUGUGCCCUCUGCCUUCAACGACCCGAGGAAGGACGUAGACCCCGUCAUCAAUAUCAUCUACGACCGCUACGCCCUCGAUGGCCUCCAGUACGCCCUGCACUUCUUCCUCGGCCGAGUUGACCGCAACAUCCCGUAUCAGCACCAGCGCAACCUCGUUGGAAGCGUCUACACCUUCACAUUCCCCUUCGCCGGCCCCAACGGCACCACGCGUUGCCCAAACUGCCGCCAGCAAGCCAAAGCCGGCGUCCUCUCGCACGCGCAGAUUCCCCUCACACGCUCCGUUGCGCAAGACGAGCGCCGCACCCCCGCCGACGCCCGCAACUACUUCCAGCGGGAGCUGCAAUGGGUCGCGGUCCUAGACUCCGGUGCCAAGAUUCCGAGCAAGACGCUCGGAAACGCCCUGGAGAUUACGCUGUUGCUUGGCGCCAAUCAGCUGCCCGAUGGGCUGGAAGGAGAGCCCAACUUCAGUGGGUAUGAGCCGGUGGGGUUUGACUGGAAGAAUGCCGAGAUUAGGGACACUCGCGUCUAG